UUCAUCUGCGCUACGGGGCGUGGUUUUCUCUUCGGGAUUUUGGAGCAAUAUUGCUGCGCUCUCUGCUUUCACUCACUUUGAGAUGACAAUAGACGCAUCCCAUGCAUGUGAGUGGUGAGGGUGGGCCAGCUGCUGCCACGCUGUGCGGCCCAGGCAUGGAGGUGACCUCCAGAGGCCCUGUGUCCACCUACAGGUUGCUCACAGUGCACAGGGAACUGCUGGUGCAUCAGGUGAAGAAUGUCCAGUGCAUUCUGGACAACUUCCAACGCAGUGGCUUCUUCUGCUCUGAGGAUGUAGAGAUUGUACUACGUACCCCUACUAAGCCUGACCAGGUGCGUAAAAUCCUGGAGCUGGUCCAAAGCAAAGGGGAAGAAACCUCGGAAUACUUUGUGUACAUUCUUCACAAGAUCUGCGACGCCUUUAUUGACCUACAGCCUUGGCUUAAGGAUGUCCAGUAUGACCCCUCCAGCUUCAUCCAGCAAAUACCAGUGCAUAACACUGACCCAAUCAGCAGAUACACUGAGAAGCUGCGACAUGAGCUGGGACGUGACACCCAGUUUAUGGUGUCCUACUCCCAGAAGGAGGAGAUCCCUCUGGAGGACAUGUACACAGACACCCUGAUGGAGAUGCUCAAUGAACGCAACGAGAGCCUCAGCUAUGUUGAUAGCAUGGAGCAACUCCUGGACGACACUGGGGCCUUCAACAAGCAUGCUGAAACUGUCUUAAUAACUGGCGAUGCAGGCAUUGGCAAGUCAAUCCUGCUCCAGAAGGUGCAGAACCUAUGGUCCAAAAGGGAGCUGAUGACUGGGGCCAAAUUUUUCUUCAAGUUCCGAUGUAGGAUGUUCAGUUCUUUCAAAGAGACAGAUGAGAUCUCCUUGAAGGACCUCCUAUUCAAGCACAAUUGCUACCCAGACAAUGAUCCAGAUGGGGAGAUCUUCAGUUAUAUUCAGAGGUUCCCCGAGACGGUGCUCUUCACAUUUGAUGGCUACGAUGAGUUAAACCCUGAUUUCGACUUGGGUAACAUGCCUGAGGUGGUGUCCCCAGAAGAUAAGACCCACCCACUCCUACUACUCAUGAACCUUCUCAGUGGAAAGUUGCUCAAGGGAUCCCUGAAAAUUCUCACUGCUCGAACAGGAACUGAGGUUGAAAGUCGGGUGCUGAAAAAGAAAGUGUUUCUCAAGGGGUUCUCCCCAGAGCACCUCAAGCGAUACACCACCCUGCACUUCCCAGAGAGGGAGUACAGGGACCAGGUGUCUGUGCAGCUGGAGGCUAACCCCCACCUCUGCAGCUUGUGCUCCAUCCCCUUGUUCUGUUGGAUCAUCUUUAAGAGCUUCAAGCACUUCCGCGCCAUGUAUGAUGACUAUGAGCUUCCUGAAAGCUGUGUGACCAUCACCAAAGUUUUCCUGCUGCUGUCUGAGGUCUUCCUCAGCCGCUUGUCCAGCCCCAGCAUGCUGAAGAAGAGCACCCGCUGUACCAGUGACAUGUUCAAAGCAGGACUUCGGGUUUUGGCAGCUGUGGCGAAGCUGGCCCUCCUUGGGAUGCGGAGGGGCAGCUUUGUGUUUGAUUAUAAUGAAAUCUCUGAAUGUGGCAUCAGUGAUGAUGACCUGCAGGUAGGCUUCCUGAGGCCGGUCGACCACUAUGAUGGCUGUGUUCAACCUGCCACCUUUGAAUUCCUGCACGUAACCCUGCAGUCUUUCCUGGCUGCCUUUGGCCUCAUACUGGAAGAGGAAAUUAAGUCCAGGGAGAUCCUGGAGUUUUUUGCUGAGUGUGAAUACCGGAAAGAGUCUCGCUUCUCCUGUGGUCCAUGCCUUGGGGGUUCCAAGCCCCGUGAGAGUGACCCCUUUCAGGCGAAUGAGCAUCUCCAGUUCACCAACCUCUUCCUAUGCGGACUGCUCUCUAAGCCCAAUGGCAGCCUACUGGAGCACCUGCUUCCCCCGGCCUCUUUGCGCAAGAAGAGGGGAGUUCUCAAAUCUUACUUUUCCAAAACCGUGAAGUCACAUAUGCGGGGCCUGCCACGCUACACAGGUGAGACCGGAGGCAAGAAGGUACAUGUGAUGGGCAACUUCCUGUGGAUGCUACGCUGCAUUUUCGAGACCGCCAGCGAGGACGUGGCCCGGCUGGCCGCCAGGGGCAUCUCCGCUGACUACAUAAAGCUGGCCUACUGCAACAUGUUCUGCUCCGACUGUGGAGCUCUCAACUUUGUGCUGCACCACCACCGCAAGCAUCUGGGCGUGGACAUGGACAACAACAACAUCGGCGACUAUGGCGUCAAGCAACUGCGCCCAUCAUUCAGCAAGAUGACCGUGGUGAGGCUGUGCGUCAACCAAGUCACAGACAGCAGCAUGGAAGUGCUUGCAGAGGAGUUGGUGAAGUAUAAAGUGGUCACAGUCCUGGGACUUUACAAGAAUCACAUCACAGAUGUUGGAGCUAAACUGAUUGCUCAGAUCAUUGAGCAAUGCCCAAGUUUGAGAAUUGUCAAACUUGGGUGUAACAAAAUCACCAAUGUAGGGGGGAAGUGCUUGGCCAGUGCGGUUCAGAAGAGCAAAACCAUCUUUGAUAUUGGGAUGUGGGGUAACCCCAUCGGAGACGAGGGGGCCACAGCGUUCGCAGAGGCACUAAAGAACCACCCCAGCUUGACCAACCUGAGCCUCUCAGCCAAUGGCAUCACCUCAGAAGGGGGGCGGAGCCUGGCCGCUGCUCUCAAGGAGAACAACUCUCUUCACAUUUUCUGGAUGCUCCAGAACGAGCUCUCAGACGAGGCGGCAACCACCCUGGCUGAAGCAGUCCGGGUUAACAUGGGACUGACCCAUCUCAUGCUAAUGAACAACAAGCUAACGGUCAAGGGAGCCAAGGAGCUGGCUGAGGCACUGACUCACAACACAACUCUGAAGGAGAUCUGUGUGAAAGGAAACCUCAUUACAGAGGAGGAAGAGAAGCAGUUUGAGGCAGAGACCAGACUGCGCUUCUGUUGAUAAAAUGAACGUGAAACUGUGUGUGUGUGUGUGUAAGAGAGAGAGAGAGAGAGAGAGAGAGAGAGAGAGACUGAUCACACGAUCACACAAGAGGGACAGGAGAGAACAAGGAACCCCAACCCCCCCCUGCACACACAAACACAGACUGGGAGACACAAAGCAAAACCCACAGAAUCUGACCGACAGCUAAGGACUUGCAGAUAAAAACUGAAAUAUUUGUUUUCACAGCAGAUUCUCAUGUAUGUGCUGCUUGGAGAGCUACACACGCAGGUACAUUAAACAUCUUUUUAAUAACAUAGAAUCAGUCAGCUAUAUCUGAGCUUGCUUCACAUGCAUCUUUUACAAUAAACAUCAAAGUGUCAGCCAUUCCAGAAUCAAACUCCCUUCAUUUUAUCUCUAAAGGCAGAUACUGCCAGACACCAGCUGCUCUGACCCGUCAAUUUCGCUUGUGGGAGUUUUACUUGCCAAAAAUAUAUGAAGUGCAGAAGGAAAAAUUAUUGUUUCAGAGAGAUAACCAAUCAGAAUGUAGAGGUGGGUCCAAGCAGCUAUAGGAGGUGGUACCAAGACAUCAGAUUGGUUGGUCCCGCCUCCUCUAGUUACUUGGACCCACCUCCUCAGCAAUCUUAUUGGUGCAGUCUGUAAUCUGAACAUUUUUGUACAAGUAAAACUCCCAUGAGCAUCCGGUUUAACUGGGAACCAGGUUUCACAACUUGUCAACUCGCAGUAUGUGGUAAUCCCAGCAACCUUAGUUCUAGAGCUGUCACGACUACUCGAUUAAACUCGAUUACUCGAUUAUUUGGUUACUCGAUUAAACUCGAUUAUUAGAAAGCAUUGAUCAAAAUGUUCCUAAUUACUCAGCAAUACAACAGAAAGAAGGUGGUGUGUAGAGGAUGAGGAUCCAAAGCAUCAAGAACUUCAUAUUAAAAGUGAAUGAAAAUGCAGUCGUCUGUCAGUAUUGCAAAGCAGAGCUCAAAUUGCACUACAUGCAAUGCAAAUACGUGUUAGAAGAAAUUCAGGUGUGACAGACUAACCCAGCAAUAUGGGUUAGCCAUUGGUAUGUGCCGUUUGGCCUCUCUGAGUAGCCUAGUCUGUCUGUCAUCACUUUCACUUUAAUUAUUUUGCUUAAUUUACUUUCUACAAUCCCUGUAUGUAGCUUAGUAUGAUCAUCUUACGUAAUGCGGUGCAUGUAACCAAUUACUCAUUUUUGUGAAUGCAUUGUAUGUUAGGACUGGAUGAUUCUGGAAGAAGUUUGCAUUAUAAUAUUUGAAGUUUCUGUGAUUAUUUUGGAGUUGAAAAUGAAAUAUAGAGCGAGAAGAAACAUUACAAAAGUGUCUGGCAAAUAACUUAGUGAUGCCCUGAGUUAUACCAAGACACAAAGCAGAGCCGACAAAUCACUGGCUUCUGCUCAGUAUCAUUUCUAUGGAAUACAUGUCAUGGCCUGUUCCUGUUUGUGUUUCCCCUCUUCACUUAUUUUUGUUUAAAUUCUCAUAAACGCGCCACAAGAUCUAUGAGUGACAACAACAAGGACAUGAAUGAUUUUGAUCAGGGGUCUCAAACUACCAGCCCAUCUAACAUCUGACUCCCCCAGCCCCCAACAUGUUUUUAUUUCACUAUCUGUCCCCCAAAUCAAUCUUUAAUUUGUACCAGGGAUGAAAUGGUUACUGGUUUCAGGGUAAAAUUCCACAUGGUUAGUAUUACCAUUUCAAAUUUGAAUUAUUAAAACGGUGAUUGAAUAUGGCACUUAGAAAAACUUGUCCAGCAUCAAACAAAGUUACCGACAGUUUCCCAAACACAAGCACACUGGCACUGCGUGCAACUUGGGUUUGUUUUGUGUCCGUAAAAAUAUGGCACAAGGUAGUGAUGGCAAUUUUUCAGCCUUUUAAGUGGACUAAGUCUGGCUUGGUCAUCCUUUGGAUUUACUUCAUGACCACCAACCACUUCUACUUACUAAUAAUUUCUCAGUAAUGUAAACUGAAGCUUUCAGAUUAACCUGCUCUAGUUAAAAGCACAACAUGGCAGUGGUGUGAUGGCGUAGAGAAGCUGGCUUUUGCGUCAGCGUCAGACCUAGUUGAAUGUCCAUCUGCUGAGAAUGAAUUCUGUACGUUUGUAUUUAUAUAUUCUUGAAACAAAACAGCUUAGGCCACUUUGUUUCCUUCUUCUGUAUGGAUUUUCCAGUAUAGCUAUAUGAUGUGACAGGAUUAUUUGUAUUUGAAAUACAGUAAAUAGCUGAACUGA